AUGACCUCCUAUCUCAUAACCGGCGCCUCGCGUGGCCUCGGGCUAGCCAUAGCCACGGAACUGGCUGCAUUGCCUGAGUCCGAAGCCAGCAUCAUAUUCGCUACAACGCGCCAGCAUAACCCUGGCAGUCUGAAGGAUCUUGCCGUAUCUACAUCCGGCCGCGUUGUACCAGUCCAGUUGGAUCCCAAUGAUCCCGAGAGCCUCAGUGCUGCGGUAAAACUGGUUGAAGAUCGCCUACAGGGUAAGGGGUUGGAUGUUCUCGUCAACAAUGCCGGAACGCAGCCAGUGACGGAUGGAAAGGUUGAGAUGGCGGACGACCUCACCGAGACAUUCCAUGUUAAUGUCACCUUAACCCACUACGUCACGCGGGCAUUCUUGCCUUUGCUGCGGAAGGGCGAGCACAAGAUGAUUUCCAACAUUUCCAGCACCGUCGGCUCGAUAGCACAAGCUCCCAAGUACCAGAUGAGCCCGACACAUGCGUACAAAGUGUCCAAAGCGGCCAUGAACAUGUUAACCAUACAGUACGCAUUGCAAUACGCUGAUGAAGGGUUCUCGGUGUUUGCCAUUAGUCCAGGCUGGCUGAAGACGGAGCUCGGCGGCAGCUACGCAGACUUGCCUGUUGAGGUUGGUGCAAAGGAAGUCGUCAGAUAUAUUAGGAGUGGUGGGCGUGAUCUCAAUGGGCGGUUCCUGAAUAUCCAUGUCCCGGGAUGGGAGAACGCGCCCGGGCCGAAUCAGUACGAUGGGAAGGACGUACCUUGGUAG